UCACGUCUCCACUUCGUGUGCAUGCCAAUUUUUUUUUUUUAUUAUUUUUUUUUUUCGAGAUGCAUGCCAAUUUUCAAGGAAAAGAAGGGAAAGAAGGGAAGGAAAGGAAAGGAAUGCGGAGGGAGUGAGGCCGGCGUGGCAAUUGCUCAGUCCUCGAACUGUCUGAUUCUGAGCAGAGAGCUGCACUUGGAGCAGCAGCCGCCGGCGGAUGCACACACAGUCAGCGGGCGGCCAUUACAUGCUCUGAUUGACGAAUUGUGUUGGCGGCACAUGAAGCAGCACAAACGAGCAGGAAGGCAGAGCUGUGUGUGUGUGAUAUAUGAGCGGCCGGCGCCGUUCCCUCUCACAUCCGGAAAUCUCGCUGCUGCCCGCUACUCAAAAGGCGGUGAAAAGGUGUUUCUCCCGCCAACCUUUCCCUCUCAAACCCGCCGAAAUUUUCGACUUCCCUUCCCUCCUCCUCCUCCUCCUUCUCCUCCUCGUGUCGCCGUGUGCCUCCUCAUAUCGGUCCUCUUCACCGAAUAUCCCAAGCGCGCCGAGCGAGUAAGCCAUCGGUGUUGCUGAGCGCGCGCAGGCGCGAAACGUAUUGAUUCUCAGGUUAACUGCAGUGCUUGGACCCUUUUUAAGACAGUACGAAACACUAGUAUUCCACUAGCAAACAUACUCGAUUCGCCCAUAUUUUCUCUCCCCUCCUCGUCACCCCGCCUUUCCUCAUCUCUUCCUGCUCUUCCUUCUCUCUCUCUCUCUCUCUCUCUCUCUCUCUCUCUCUCUCUCUCUCUCUCUCUCUCUCUCUCCCGCCCCCCGGCUCCUCAUGGUCGGCAUUUUCCUUGCCGCCCUUGCCCACGUUUUUGUGAUUGAUGUCAUUGUGAUAUUCUUCGAUCAUGUAACUGCAUUGUGUAUAGGGUAGUGACUAACUGACUAGUACUGAGAAAUUAAAACGUAGACGUAUUGCCGCGCGCUCAGCGCGCUCAGAAAGCGCGCAAAUUGCACCCACUCCCACCUUGGCAGGCAAAUUGCACAUUCUACCUUGCCGCCGCCUUUUCGUAGUUCCCCUCCACACACGUUUUUCGUUACAGCAGGACGAAAAGUAGUGACACAUCUGUCCCGCGUUUGCAAGGAGACGUCAAACGUUUUUCGUCACACUUUUCUUUUUUGAAAGUCGGACUGAAUGUGUAGAAUCACAACUCCCGCGUUUGUUAAGUACUAGUGGCGCCUCUUCAUCCUCCUCAUCCCCGUCUUCUCUACCUAGUCGUCAUUGGUGUGGUGGCUGUCAUCGCAGUCCGCUCAUAGUCAUCUCUAGACUCGGAGUGGGGACUCGCCAGCGGUAUUAAUUUGACACAACAAGCUGAUCUUAGGGCGUCGAAAUUGACGUAUCUUUUCGUUUUCCUUGCAUGAGUAUAUAAUAAUAAACAUAUCGUGGUAUAUAUUGUAUAUGCUAGCACAGUAUAUAUACUAGUAAUAAAUCUCUCUAUAAUAUCGUUGAAUCGUAUCAGAGGCCCGCGUAGUGUAGUGUAUUCGAAGAGAGCCCUAUUUCGUUUUACAGAUUCGCUUGAUCGAUUGCCGUAGUGGAUAGGUAGCUUCUUCCUUUUUGCCGCUUCCCUUUCAUCCGUUCCUAUUGCAUCGAUUGUGCGGAAUGGCCGACGCCUGUGCCAUUGCUGGUGUCACACCGUGUACUGUGCCGCUCACGCAGAUCUCCUCUACGCCUUCGUCUUCUAGCGCCGGGUACUCCGCAGAGCUGCUGAAAGCUUGCGAGCCCUUCGUCAUCAAGGCCGGCGAUGGUGAUGCCAAGCUGAAGAAGGAAGAUAUGGCGAAAGCCGUGAAGGCCUUGGGAUGGAAAAGCAUGACGGAUGAGGAGAUCGACAAAGUUGUCUCCUCUCUCAGUGUGAGCGACGAGGGAAGCGGCGGACUGGUGAAGCUUGCGGACUUUGUCGAGGCAUUCGGGAAAAGCGAGUACGUCGCAGCAAUCGCCAGGGUGGAAUCCACUGAUGAGUGCGGCAAUGAGAUGUUGGAAGCGUUUAGGAUCUUCGAUAAGAAUGGGGACGGGAAGAUCACGAUAGACGAGCUCAAGCAGGCGCUGAAUGGGUUGGGCGUCAAGGCAAGGGAAGAUGAAGUUGAUGAACUCAUGAAGCAGGCAGAUGUCAAUCGGGAUGGAUCCGUUUGCUAUGAGGAAUUCGUCAAACUGCUCAACGCGCCAAUGUAAAGAGAGAGAGAGAGAGAGAGAGAGAGAGAGAGAGAGAGAGAGAGAGAGAGAGAGGUAAGUGUAGAUUGACUCGUGCGUAUACACCCGAAGAUGCUUACGGUGCAGAGCUUGGGUUGCGGUUGUUGACGUCAGUGAUGAGAGAGAAGAGGAGAGGGAGAAGGAUAGAUACGCGUGUGAGGAAGAGGAGAGGAUGAUGGUCAUUGAACCAUUGUCCGCCGAGCGUUGGGGCGAGGUGGUACUGAACUACACGCAGAUGGAUAUAUGAUGGGUAGGAAUAAUUGAUCCGUAGAUGAAUUGAUUGAUUGAUUGAUUGAUUGAUUGAUUGGUUGAUGUAUAGGUUUCUAAUCCAUGCUUGGAAGGAAGAUAGGUAGACAUGCAUCCAUACAUAGAUGAAUAGAUAAAUAGAGAUAGGUAGAUAGAGAUAGAUAGAGAUAGAGAUAGGUUUAGAGAUAGAUAGAUAUAUCGAUGUGUGUGUGUUUGUGUGUGUGUGUGAGAGAGAGAUGUGUGUGUGUGUGUGUGUGUGUGAGAGAGAGAGAGAGAGAGAGAGAGAGUGAGAGAGGACGUUUGUGCACCUCACAUAGGUUAGAGAGUGCGAAAUAGGACUGCAAACUAGGAGAGAUAAAAACGUGGCAGACGGUUAAACGGCUUUUUUUAAGAAGCAAGCCUAAAGGUGGUACAUUUGAAUUGUCUUGGGAAUAAGUAUCGUGAAGUCUGUGGUGAUGAUGAUUCAUUGGUGAUGGUUGCUUGGGAAGAGAAGUCAUUGUCAAUUUCAUAAUGAUGACUCAUUUUUUCGCUGUUUCUUAAACACGAUUCUAUUAGGGAAAAAAGCGUUUGCAUGAGGUGGUUCAGGGGUAAAAAACCUAUCUCAACCCUAAUGGCUUAAUUGCCUGGUUCUCCGUUUCUGAUGUGCACUUUGAA